AUGUAAAGAUCAAGUCAAAAUUCGAGCAACAGAAAUUAUCGUCAAAGCGCAACUUAAAGAUAAAAUAGAGGAAGAGGCGGCUAAAACUAAUAGUAGCUUAAUGCAAUUAUUCAAGUUUAAAGUAGUUCUAGUAAUUCAAGAGGAUCUAGAAUAAGAAGAGGAAAUCAAUUUAAUUAAUAGUUCAAUCACUCGAGAUCAAUGACUUCACUUACAUCAAAUGAGAAAUUAGAGAUGCUUAAUGAAAGAUCAUGCUAAGAUUUGAUCGAAUACCUUGUUUAUAAGGAGAGCUUAUCUACACUUAUUACAAAUCAUCUAGAAAAUGAUGAAGAUAUCUCUUUGAUCUUCAAAAUACUGGUUAAAGCAUUUACAUUCGAAAAUGCCGGAAAUGCUGAACUUUAGCUUAUUUACUAUUAGCUCAUUGAGUCAAAAUUUAUCACAAGUAAUCUAGAAACAUUCCUUGAAAAUUUUUGCGAUAACAUAGAACCUUAAGAAGAUUUAAGGCAAAAAUGUAUAGAUUUGGACAAGAUUACUUCUCUUUAUGAGAUAAUUAUAAUAAGAUUUAACUAUCCACUCAGGAAUCUCAACAACCUUUAACACUUCAAUCAGCUGAUCUAUUAUGAUCUGAAAGAAAUGAUUGAAGGAUAGAAUUAGAAUAUUAACCUUAGGGAAAUUUAUAAAUAGUUGAAACUUAGAGCUGGAAAUUUAAAUGAUUUAUUUGAAAGAAAACAGGAUUAUUAGAUCAACUUUUCUAUUGCUAAUCCCUCAGAUUUAUUUUAAAUGCCAGAGAAUUUCAGAGACAUCUCAAUAGCUCCUUGUCCAAUAGAACUAGCUAUAGAUAGGUAAUUUCAUAUUAUAUUUACUGCUUUUAGUGAUCCUUACAUAAGACCGAUCAUUAAAAAUGGAAAUUAUUAAAACAAUCACGAUUAUCUUGAUAAUAUUUUCAGACUUUUAAGAGAAGAUGCUAUAAGACCUUUGAGAAAUGGACUUAGCACUCUUGUUUCAGAGGCAGGUGUUAGAUAUUUUCAAGAUGUUAGUUUGAUAGGUUUGGCAAUUUUGCCGCAUUUUAGUUCCCAAGUUGGAUUAAAAAUUAAAAUAAAUCAGAUUAAAUCAAAUGAAUUCUUAUAGUCAAAGCUCUUAUUGCCUGGAUCCUUGCUAGUUUUAUCAAAUGAUGAUUUUAAAACAGUAGAAAUAUUCUUGGUUUAAGAUAGAAACGAAUUUGAGAAUGACAGAAAUGUAAAAACUUUUUCAUAUGCUGAAAUCGUAAUAGAAUUCGCUUAAAUAGAACAUGUCUUAAAAAAGAUACAAGAUAUGGCAAAAUGGAAAUAAUUACCUUUCUCAAAAUAUCUUGUAGGAAGCGGUGUAAAUCGAAUUAUCUCCAAACCUCCUCUUAUUUUGAGAAUAGAGUCUUCUGGAUAACUUGGAUAAUUUAAGCAAAGUAUAAAUACAUGUAUUUAAGGAUACAAAUUUGAUUAAAGCCAAUUAACAGCUCUACAAUUUUGUCUUUACAAAGAGUUAUCAAUAAUUUAAGGACCUCCUGGAACUGGGAAAACUUACGUUGGAGAAAACUAUGUAAAAAUACUUUUAAAUAACAAAAAAAAAGGAUAUUUUCAAGAGGGUCCUCUAUUGAUAGUUUGCUACACUAAUCAUGCACUUGAUUAAUUCUUAGAAUUGAUAUCAAAAUAUACCGAUAAUUUUGUAAGAGUUGGAGGUAGGUCAAAAAAUGAGAAAUUUGCUGAUCAUACUCUUCCAAAAUAUGUGUAAAAUAAUUCAGGAAGAUAGUCAAACAAAUAUUAUCUGCUAAAGAAAGAAGUUGAAAAAUUAGGAAAUUAAAUAUUGAGAAAAUUAUCAGAACUAUAAAAUAAUGACUUCACUAUCAUAACGUCAUUAGAGAAGAAUUAGGAUGGACAGAAACUUUUGCUUAAAAUCAAGGAAUCAUUUUCAUCAUAUGUUGAAUAAACACUUUAAUGGUUAUUCCCUUCAAUUAGAGAUAUAGAUUUGCUCUAGAAUGCAAGAAAAUAUAUUAUAGAACUGAUAUAAGGAGAACCAGAUUUACCAAUAGUUUUCUGGUUAGGGUUGAUUGACCUUGGAAAAUAUAUAAAAUCUUUAAAUCUUUAUGAAGAUUAUUAUGACUAUGAAAAUUAGGAAAUAAUCAAUCAAGAGGAUUUUGAUCAAAUUAUGCAGGAUUAUUAUGAAAAUGAAUAAGAAGUGUCUUAAGAAAACAAAUAAGACUAAGUCGAUGCAGAAAUUGUUAAAAAGAAAUAUGAAAAUUUGACAAAACACUACCAUAUGUCAACUUAAGAUAACUUCUUCAGGACUGAAAAAAACUUGAAUGAAUGUAUAAAAAAAGGAGCAUAGCUUGGUUAAGGACCAGCAUAAUCAUUAAAUGAAAUUAAUCAACCACUAUUUUCUCUACCUAUGCCAAAAAGAUGGUAAAUGAACAAUACAUUUAGAAAUUAACAUUCUAAUGAUAAUCCCUAAUUAGUCUAAGAAAUCGAAAAAUUGAUAGAGAGAUUUACACAAGCUUAAGAACAAAAGAAAAACUAUCAAAGUUUGUAAUACUCCUAAGCAUUGAAUAAAGCAGAUGUAGUGGCUAUGACUACAACUGGAUGUGCUAAAAAUAGUUAUUUAAUGAAAGAUGUUCUAUUUUAAACAGUAAUUGUAGAAGAAGCAGCUGAAGUUUUUGAAGCUCACAUUUUAGCAGCAAUAAGCUAACAUACAAAGCAUAUGAUAUUAAUUGGAGAUCAUUUGCAGUUAAAACCUUCUCCAGCAAUCUAUGAAUUAGAAAAAGAAUUCAAUUUAAGCAUGUCUAUGUUUGAAAGACUCGUUAAUAACAAGUAUGAAUUCGUAACACUUUCAAUAUAACGAAGAAUGAGACCAUAAAUUUCUUAAAAUAUUCGAUAUCUCUAUCCUGCUCUCAUGGAUGACUAAAGAGUCCUAAAUUACCCAAAUAUAAGGGGCCUAAAAAGAAAUGUAUUUUUUCUCGACCAUAGAAAUGAAGAAAAUUCUGAUGGCUAAUAAUCUAAACAGAAUAUUUUUGAAGCUAAAUUCAUUGAAAGAUUUGCACUUUACCUGAUCGGAUAGAAAUAUCUCCCCUCUGAAAUUACUAUAUUAUGUCUCUAUAAAGCAUAAUCCAAUCUCAUCUUUAAACUAUUCAAAAAUAACUACCCUAGAGAUGACCCAAUCAAAAAGAUCAAGGUUGUAACAGUUGAUAAUUACCAAGGGGAAGAAAACGAUAUCAUAAUAAUUUCAUUGGUCAGAUCAAAUCCGAGAAAUGACAUCGGCUUCUUAAAGAUCAAUAAUAGAGUAAAUGUCGCACUUUCAAGAGCAAAGCAUGGAAUGUAUAUUUUAGGAAAUGGAUAAUCAAUUAGAAAUGCAAUGAAAAGAUCAAAUUACAAUUAUUAAAACCUUUGGACUCAUGUACUUGAUUAUUUAGGUUAAAACCAAUAUUUAGGCAAUAAUUUAGAAUUAGCUUGUAAAUCACAUGGAAAUGUAACUCUUAUUUCAAAAGCAGAAGACUUUAAUAGAAGUCCAUAUGGAUUAUGCCAAGAAUUUUGUAAUUAGGAAUUGCCUUGUAAACAUAAAUGUCCUAAAAAAUGUCAUGAUUAUGAUAAAACUCAAUUAGACCCUUCAGGUCAUAAAAUAGAUAUAUGCUAAUAAUAAUGCAUCAGACCUCAUCCAUGUGGACAUCCUUGCUCCUUUUAAUGUGAAAAAUGUAAAAUUUAACUAUAGCUUUGCUAAAAAGACUUAAGAUUGAAAUUCAUAAAAUGCCAACACAUCAUAGAGUUAAAAUGUUACUAGAAUGUUAAUUUAGUCUGUCAAAGGAAUUGUGAAAAGGUGAAAGAAUGUGGGCAUGGUUGCAACAAGAGAUGCUAAGUUGAUUGUGACCGAGAUAUAUGUAAAGUCGUCAUAGAAAAAACUUUGCCUUCUUGUUUACAUAAAGCUUAGCUUUGUUGCUACAUUAAACCAGAGGUGUUUGAAAAGUUUGGUAAUUAAAUUUAGUCAUAAUUGUAUUUAGAUGAGUUAGGAUGUAAAACUAGGUGUGAGGGAAUUCUUCAAUGCGGCCACUAAUGUCCUAGUCCUUGUGGUGAAUGUAGCAGGAGUAGUUUUCAUGGCUAAUGCAUCCAGGAGUCAGAAAAAUAACUUAACUGUGGUCAUAAAUAAACCUACCACUGUAGUGGAUUUCCUACUGAGUGUUAGUAAAGUUGUUAAUAUGAAUGCAAGCACUAGAAAUGUCAAAAGAUGUGCGGUGAAAAAUGCGAUUAAUGUUAAACACCUUGCGAUUUGAACUGUCCUCAUAAGAGUUGCUCUAAAAUGUGCAGUGAGACAUGCGACGAUAUUUUAUGUAAUGAGCCUUGCGAAAAUAUCUUAUAAUGUGGCCAUUAUUGCUUUGGUUUAUGCGGAGAUAAAUGUGAUUUCGAAUGCUUCUUAUGCAUCAAAGAGACUUUAAUAUUAACUAUCAAAGAUGAUUAAGUGACAGAAUGUAAAGUUAAAAAUAAUCUAGAAGACCCAAAAUUUGUUAAGCUUGAUUGUGGCCAUGUGUUUGAAUCAAAAUCAAUAGAUUAGCAUUUCAAAGAAUUAGAAGCUUAUAUGACUACUCUAAAAUAAUAUGAUCUACAUUAAUGUCCAAAGUGCUUUAGUAAAAUAAUUAUUUGCACACGGUAUCAAUAUUGGAAUAAUUAAGUCCGGAUAAUGAAGUUAGCUUAAUCUAAAAGUGUCAGUAAAGAACUUUAAACGAUUUUAAGGAAAAAGUUAAGAUAAGAUUUUAAGGAGCUAAAUUUGAGUAGAUUUUACGGCGUUUACCAAGCUCACCAAAUCAUCAUUAAUAAAAUAUUUACAGUAAUACCCUAUUUUUUUAUUAACUAAUAAUUUAGGACUGGCUCUCAAGGUUUAACUAUCAUAAUUCUAAAAAUAACCUAGAUGAUUUAGAGAAAUAGUUAUAUUUGA